AUGCGGAAAUUGAGGAAGAGCUCGUUUUCAAGAAAUAAAGAGAUAAAGGAUGAUCUGAUGUCGGGCGAAACAACGAAGCAACGAAAACUCCAACACAAGAAACGCCGACCGCAUUUCCACAGAAAAUCGGGCAAAUCGUGGCUCAGGCAGCGAGAAAAGGUUCUCCGUGGAAAUGACGAUCCGUUGGCGGCGGUAUUUUCUUGGGGCGUCAGCCAUCAUCAGCGAGAGCUGUCUGUCAUUCCUCAGCCGAAAAUGCUGCUAGCUGACGAUUUCAAAGCGUAUUCCAAGCUAUGUGUUUGA